CCGGGCACAGACUUCCUUUUACUCUUUCCUCUGGCACUCUUGUCGCCUCCUCCCGGGGAGAAGCCAAGGCACCCGCGGCUUGGAGCAGCGACAGUCCGGCCCAGUGAGAGCGAGGAAAAAGUUUCUUUCUGGGAGUGCGGAACUGGGGCCGGGUUGGUGUACUGCUCGGAGCAAUGGAGCCAGCCUUCGGGGAGGUGAACCAGCUGGGAGGAGUGUUCGUGAAUGGAAGGCCGCUGCCCAACGCCAUUCGGCUUCGCAUCGUGGAAUUAGCCCAACUGGGCAUCCGACCUUGUGACAUCAGCCGCCAGCUAAGGGUCUCGCACGGCUGCGUCAGCAAGAUCUUGGCGCGCUACAACGAGACCGGUUCGAUUUUGCCGGGAGCUAUCGGGGGAAGCAAGCCCCGGGUCACCACCCCUACUGUGGUGAAACAUAUCCGGACUUACAAGCAGAGGGACCCAGGCAUCUUCGCUUGGGAGAUCCGGGACCGCCUGCUGGCGGAUGGCGUGUGCGACAAGUACAACGUGCCCUCGGUGAGUUCCAUCAGCCGGAUUCUGCGCAACAAGAUCGGCAACUUGGCCCAGCAGGGUCAUUACGACUCCUACAAACAGCACCAGCCUGCGCCGCAGCCCGCGCUGCCCUACAAUCACAUCUACUCGUACCCCAGUCCCAUCACGGCGGCAGCUGCUAAGGUGCCUACCCCACCCGGGGUGCCGGCCAUCCCCGGAUCCGUGGCCAUGCCGCGCACCUGGCCCUCCUCUCACUCCGUCACGGACAUCCUGGGCAUCCGUUCCAUCACCGACCAAGGAGUGAGCGACAGCUCCCCCUACCACAGCCCCAAGGUGGAGGAGUGGAGCAGCCUAGGCCGCAACAACUUCCCUGCCGCCGCCCCGCACGCAGUGAAUGGAUUGGAGAAGGGAGCCUUGGAGCAGGAAGCCAAGUACGGCCAGGCACCGAAUGGUCUCCCAGCUGUGAGCAGUUUUGUAUCGGCAUCCAGCAUGGCUCCUUACCCUACACCAGCCCAAGUGUCACCCUACAUGACCUACAGUGCUGCUCCUUCUGGUUAUGUUGCUGGACAUGGGUGGCAACAUGCUGGCAGCACCCCACUGUCCCCCCACAACUGUGACAUUCCCGCGUCGCUGGCUUUCAAGGGAAUGCAGGCAGCCAGAGAAGGUAGUCAUUCUGUCACGGCCUCUGCACUCUGAUGGGAACUUCCACUUCCAGCUGCCACGCUCUGGUCUCCCCUCUCAGCACACCCCCCACCCCCUUCACACCCUACCCCUCCAGUGGUUCCGCUUUAGCGCCUCAAGAGCUGGCGGCUUGGAUUCAUAAUCUUUGUGCUGAUGACACUUAAAUAUUUCUUGCUGUAACUUCCCUCUUUCCAGGAAAUCUGCCAUAACUUUAGGAUUUAAAAACAAGAACAACUCUAAAGAUUGAAUGAGAUGUUUGUGUUGCCCGCACACUGUUUUAACACAGUGAGAAACCUAUUCCCCUCAAAGGGCUUAUGGGACUUUGUAGACCUGUCUUUGGUAAAACCACACAUGUAUAUUUAUUCUAAAUCAACCUGAACUUUUGAAACGUGCAAUUGUUGAGAUUUUGCAAAAUCAAUAAAGGAAAACAGAUGUAGAAAAAAAAAAGGUAUGUGAUACCCUCUAAUCAAACAAGGUGACCAAAUAAGCCUUAAUUCACCAUUAGGAAACCAAUCAAUAACUGACUUGUGUGAUCUUUUGCUUCUUUUUAAGAGAUGAUGUAUUUUGUUGAAAAUGUGUAUAGAACUCAAGCAAUAUUGGAAUUUUGCUCCUUUUGUUGUUUUGACUUGGUGCCUAAUACAGCAAUGUUUGUAUUUCUAUGAGCUUGUAAAUACGGACUGUGGAUGUCUUCAUUCCAUGGGUACCCACCCUUCCACCAACACCUCUCUCCUAUCUUUCUUUCUUUGCAAAGGUGACUUUCUGGAGAUGUAUUUGUCUCUGUUUGGUGGUGGACCACUUGGGGUCCUGGACCUGGAUGUGCCCUCAGGUUGUGUGAAUUCAGUAAAGGCUUCAGCAGCUCAUGAAGGAUACUUUCUUUCUAUAGCAGAGGACUCAGAACACAGAUAAAACAAGCCAUUGUUUAGUUUGUAUCCCAGUCAAACAACACAUGUCAAGCAUAGGACAUGUAACAAGCAGAGGCUGUAACAUACCUGUUCCACAAUGCUUUAACGGAAGUCACUAGAAACAUGUCUAAUGUGAAAUGGGUUUUUUGUUUGUUUUUAUUUGUUUUUUAUUUUUAUUUUUUCAAAGACACUUAAAAUGAACUUUAUAUGAUGGAAAACCACUGUGAAAUGAAAUUGUACUGUUAUUGUUGGCUUACCUGUGUGUUCAGCAAUCUCAGCCCCAAAUUACCUGGUAACUUAAAAGGAAAUGGAGAAUUCUUCUCUAAUGAAUGUAGUAACAAUGGCUUGCUGUGAAGUUUACAUUCUGUUCUGAAGCAUGUUUCACGUGUAGGUCAAUUGGUGUUGGUAUGAGAAUUAUAAAUGCUAUUUAAUUUUUAGCAAAUUCUUUUUUUUCAUUUAUGGAAUUACAGAAGAGAGAUUAGCUGCUAAGCCUUUCUAGACCAAUUUGAUUUUUACUUUAAUGUUAUGAAUAGAGUUACAGGACAUGCAUAUGUGUGUGUGACCAUGUGAUUAUAUGUUUUAUUUUAUAAUAGUUCGUUUUCUUGGGCAAGAUUCCACAGUUUGCAUUCCUUCUGCUGCUUGGCAAAAUAGGGUUAAAAUGAACUUUCAGAAUAUUGGCACCAUUCAUCUAUUGAGACAUCAAUGCACUGAGGGGUGUCUUGGUAUUAAUUCCACUCAAUAACCAAACAGGUACGGGAAUUUUGGUACACAGUUGUGUUCAAGGAAGUAGGUUCUCCCUGAUUCCUGCAAUCAGCUUAUAGAGUUGUCUUAUAAUAUGUCUUAUAGAGAGCUUCAUACUGCAUUUCUUUCUAAAGUAACCAACACUCAUUGCUACAAAUAGGAUUAUAACCUUAGGAGAAGAGUGAGCAGAAGGAGCUGAUGAACUCUCAGGGCCAUAGACUCCCUUUGAUCUUGUAAAACUCCCAUUGACAACUGGCAUUCCCCGUGUGGUGAGGAGACAGACUGUCACCAAAUGGCAUUAAUAUCCAAUCCAAUAUUUUGGUGGGGACUUUCAAAUCACGCAGUACAGAAACUUAAUUGCCUUCCAGAAAAUCUGACUUAAGGUACAGAAUUACUCUAUAUCUAAUGUUUUUAGGUGACUGUUUGGGGUAUCGUGAAAUAGCAAUUGCUUGUAUGGAAACAUAACUGAUAAUGUUAUUUUCCUUAUCUAAGUUAAGAGAUCUUAUUGUUAUUUAUGUUUUCUGGUUUUUGUAUUUUAAGAAAUUAAUAUUAAUGGUGUCAGAGUUUUCUUUUUCAUUCUCACUCCUCUCUCCAGGUCUUUUAUUAAUCACGGUAAAUCCACAUGGAACAAAUUGUAAAAGACAACUGAAAGUCCAAACCUUGUUGGCUAUUCAUAGCUACUUAUAACUCGAAGGCAUGUUAACAACUAAGAACAAGAACUCAGUGAGGUAGGGCCUGCUAGAUCUUCACACCUGUUGCUAUUAACAUUAGCCUCCUCCUGAUGCUCAGAGGGGGACAUUUUCUAAGUUGGCACAUGCACUCUUCAGAAUUCCCUUUCUGCCCUGUUCUAUGCCUUUAGCCCUCCCACAGAGGGCUCUAGAGUGCAUCACCUUCACGGACAGAAAGCAGCCAUGCAACGCAGACCCACUUUUCCUGUUCAUGGCUUUCUGUUUUUUUUUAAAUAACCCACAUACUGAAUAUUGGGCUGAAAUACAAAUGAAAAAAAAAACAUGUUGGAAAAGAUGUACAACAGAAGGCUAUGUAUGUAUAUAGAGUAUGUCAAAAGCCUUUUAUUUUUAUACUUCAGAUGCUCUAAAUUAAUAAAUACAAAUAAUUACCAU